UGUAUCCAAAGCGAUUCUAUACACAUUCUUCCGGCGGUUCAUUUCUGUUGUUGCUUUAUUGUACCUCUUUUAUUUAGCUUCAAAAUGAGCCGAGGAAGCAACAGCAUCCUCAGCGAGAUAGAAUGGGACGAAGGUUUAAGCAUGCCCGUCGCCAACGCUGACAAUAAAAAACUAGAAGACCAGGUCCAGCAAAAGCAAAGAAAGAUUGUUUCAAACAAGAACAAUGUGGAGGAGAUUGAAGACCGACUUCAUGCCAUGUCUGAGCACUUGAAAAAUGUUCGGCAGGAGCUCGGUCAUACACAAGGUUUGACUGGAGCCAGAAACAAGGAGAUUGAAACAGAAAACCAUAUGCUGCAAAUUGCUGAGCGUGAGGAAGGGAGACUUCAACAAGAAAUCAGUAAACUGGAGAAGGAUCUAGAGGAGAUUAAGGAGAAGAAGAACAUGUUUGAGAACAACAUCUUCAAGCAGACUCAGAAGCUGGAGGAGAUGAAGUCACAGAUGAACUGGGAUCAGCAGGCUCUGGAGGCAUGGCUAGAGGAGUCAGCAAGGAAGGAUGAGGAUUCCAUGGCCAUACAGAAAUACACACGUCAUGAUGAAAGUAAAAUUAAGGAACUUUCGUUAAGGAUGGUCAGACUGACAGAGGAGAGCCAAAAGAAGAGAAAGGUCCUUGACCAUGAGACAACAGAAACGUUGACCGCCCAGAUUGAGUUGGACAAGACAGCAGAGGACUUCAGACAGGCGCAUCAGGAACGUCAGGAACUCAUUGAGCAGUGGGAAAAUACUAUUGAACAGAUGCAGAGGCGAGAUCAUGAAAUGGAUUUAUUGGCUGCUCAACUAGCCCGUGUUAAAGCGGAAGUGAGAAGGCGCGAAGAGGCUAUUAAAGAAAAGAUGCAAUUUCUGGAGGGAGAGGUAGACAAUAACAAGGAACAGGAGAAGAAGAUCUCCAUUGCCGAGCGUGUGGCUGCCAGGACGAGAAUAGACCACCAGGAGGCCGAGACCAACAGGGUUCAAUUCUCUGACGAGUUGGAUGCUCUCAAAAGAACAGUCGACCGUACUGCCAAUGACCUUGAAUCCACAAGGUCCCAGGUCACAUAUUUGAAGAAAGAUGUCCAGGACAAGAGUAAUAGACUUCAGCAAGCCAAGGAGCUAAGAGAGACAUUGGUGGAUAAGUUGAAGAUAGCAACCGAGUCUACGCUGAGUGCAGAAGAGCGUGCUGCACGAUUUGAUGAGAUGUUGCAGGACGAGGAUCGAACACAGGCGGAGAUUGAUCAGCAGCUAAAACAUCUGCGUGACCUUCAGUUCCACAAGACACAGGAGCUGCAUGACUCUAAGAUCAAGGAAAGGAACACAGAGGCAGAGAUUCAGGGGAGCCAAGCCGCUAUCAGGAACUUGAACAGUAAGAUUACUAAACUGGACACAGAUUCCCUCAAACAGCAGGAAAUUAUAUACAAUCAGGAUUUUGCUGUCCAACAAGUAGAGAGAAGGAUCAAUCGAAUCCAGGGAGAGCGCAGCAAUGAGGAGAAGGUCCAUCUGGAAAGCAAAAUCAAGGAUCUCACGGACGAUCUAGAGCAGAAAAAUAACACUCACACCCUCCUUACCCUACAGCUUAAACGACUUCAGGAUGAUAUACGUCGGGUGAGGAGAGAGCUAGAGAAGAGCGGGGCAGAAAAGGGAGACUUUACCAGUAAGAUUGAGGAGCUGAACCUGUACAACACUAGCUCAGAGCGUGAACUGCGAAACAUCAUCUCAUCCAAACAGAAUCUGAUGGUCGAUCAAAAUAUACUGAAGCUGGAAAUCAAGCGAUUACGUGACAUGUUAAAUGGCAGGGCUGACGAUGUUUUGAACAUGGAGAAGCGACGACUACAGCUAGACACGGCUAUGAAGGAGCGGAGACACGAGAUCAGCAUCCACACAGAAAUGCUUCAGGCCCAGAUUAGGGUCGCAAACGAGGAAAGAGGUCAGAUUAGUGCUGAGCUCCAUGAACGUAUCUCAAAGAUUGAUAAACUCAAGAAAAGGUACGAAAUUCUGAUGGUUUCAAUGGCACCACCAGAGGGUGAGGAGGAGAGGUCUCAAGCUUACUACGUUAUUAAGGCAGCACAAGAGAAGGAGGAGUUACAGCGUGAAGGUGAUGACCUUGAUGCUCGCAUCAGAAAAGCAGAGAAGGAAAUCCGUGCCCUAGAGAACACUCUCAAACUGAUGAACAACAGGAACGAAACGUACAGGAAGAGCUUCAACAAAGUCACUGACCAAAGUGAUGAUAUGGAGGAGAAACAGCAGCUUGAGGAACAGAUGAGGGCUGUCAUGGAUAAGUACAAGUACAAACGGCGCCAGAUCAGAGAGCUACAGGAGGACCUGCAGACUAUGAGCAGCACUCUGGACAACCUGGUGAGAGACUCCGGUGCUUACGAGGAGAUGAUUGAUGAAAAGAAGAACAAGGUUUUACAACUGUCUAAAGAGAUUGACGACCAGAGAGCAAAACUUGAACGAGCCAUGAAAAGUAAUUCCAAAUAUGCCAGAGAGCUGAGAUCUGCCAAAAAGUCCAAAGGAGAAACACCAGAGGAGCGUGACUUCCAUGUGAGAGAACUGCGGGAGUUUAACAAGUCCAUCAUGUCCCAAAUCGGAGAUAUCAUCCAGACGCACCCUGACGUCGGGGAGACUGUUCAUCUCUACUUCUCACAGGCUAACUUACCUCCACCAACACCAAGGGUUGGGUCACGACAUCCCGGCAGUGCCCGCUCCAGUCUGACCUCUGCUCGUAGUAGCCCUGCUGGCAGUCUCAAGUCACCACCUAGUGGUAGCGGCAGACCUACACCCGUACAGAUAGGAGCAGACCUAGGAGCAAUGCGUUCCCCGGCCAGUUCCCGAAGUUCCAGUUCGAUGUCAAGUGUUCGGAGUGGACGCAGCCGGACGGGGGCCAGUUCACGUCACUAGCUGCAUACUAGCCACACCAGUGUUUCUCCGUCCUUGCUGACACAACCUGUUUUUAAGAUUUGACUGUGAUAUGACUGUUAUUAUAAAGAUGUAGCACUUAGCGUCCUUCACACUUUACAUUCCUAGAGAUAUGCUUUAUAUGGUCAAUGAACCAAUUUACAAUACCAGGACUUCAAAUAAGAUAAAAAGAAUCCAAAGACAUCAGUGAUGGAACACGUUACUGAUAAUGUAUUUCCAAAGUAAAACGAUAGAUUGGAGGAAAAGAAAAUUUUCUACGGCCUCCCGACACCUAUUCUGCCUCCUGAACACACCCUGGAUGCAUUGUUCUAUGAUAGACAAAUGUAAUGAAUAAAAAUCCACUUAAGGAAUAGCAUGAAACGUUUCAUAUCUUCUGGUUAUUUUCAUGAUUUAUAUGAUGGAACCUUGGUAGUUUGAUUAUACAAGCUAAUAAUGUAUUGUAUUGUAUUGUACUGAAAGUCCAUUUGUUGAUGCUGUUGUUGAGGAAUUUAUUUCAUUUAGAGUUUUAUGACAUUUGUUACUCUUGACAUACUUUAGACAACUGAAAUUCUAAGACAGUUAAUAAUUUUUAUUCUUAAUUAUUGUAUUCUUUCAAAGAGUGAAAUUUAAAUAACAAUAUAUAAAUUGCAGAGCUUCUUAUAAACUGAAAGGUAUACAAAACUAUUUCAAAGCCUUGCACUGUUCAGAGCGAUGAUUGCAUUCAGUCUAUUGUCAAACAAGCAUUGUAUUUCAUAAUGUUUCCAGAAUGGUGACAUUAAACUUUUCCCGUCAUUUUGAAGCCUUUAAAAUUAUUAAUUUGAAAACUAAUUAUUUAUUGAAAUAUCUUAUGUACUGUAAAACUAGUAUGUUCUUUUAUGUUCAUUGUCUUAAUAUAUUACUGUAUACUAUAAGAGAGCUAUUGACAAUAAACUAAAUGUCUCCA